CAAAGCUCCAACCGUAUUUGAGAAGCAGCAAAUAAGACUCAGGCAUCUUCGAGUCAAAAAGACAUCAUAUUCCUUCCAUCAGACAUCAUACAAAGUAUUGUUCCGCCAGCCGCAGACAAUAUGCCCCACGACAUCUUCAUGGCCGCUGUGGUGGCUGGCGCCGACAUGGUCAAAGCCCGGACCCUCGUCGGCGGCUUCACCGAAAUGCGAGAGCGCCACCUGUUUGACCGCAUCCAGCACUAUGAGCCCCAAGACCUGGCCGUCAAGGGAUUUCCGAAAGCCAAAGAGCUUCAGAAAGAACGCCCGCCGAACGGACCCCUCUGGCAAGAGCUGCAUCAAAUUCUUGCCAAGCAGCCCGCCACUUUGCAGGUGCACACCAAAAUCACAGACGAGGUGAUCAGCAAGGCUGGCACGGGAGAAGCCGUCGCCAUUGCGCCCGGAAAGUCGCGUGUGCUGCGGUGGACGGAGCUGCCUGACCCCCCAAGCAGCCGGAUCCCUCCGUUCAUCAUUCAACGCAGGAUCCUCGAGAUCAGCGACAGCAGGAUAGAACAGAUCUUGGCAGAGAAUGGGUUCAAAGUCAAAUCGGACCUGGUCGACGAGUCGUACCAGUGGUGGCUCAACGACGUGGAAUUUGCCCUGACACGCACAUAUGCACUGUCUUUAGAUUUCAACCAGUCGCCAGAUUCCAACCAGUCGCCGUCGCAGCAGAUUCCAGAUCUGGCUUCCCUCCAGCCUGUCGCCGAUUUUUGGAUUCUGUUCGUCCGUACUCGGGUUGAUUCGACACCCGAACGCACUCAGUACGGCCAGAACCAGCUGGCGCGGAUCCGGGAGCAAUUCGCCGGAGUCUUUGACUUCAAAGCUUUUGAUCGCCGUUUCUUUGAUUCUCGGAUCCAGGAAAAGAGGGUACAAGGUUCGGCCUAGGCGCCCGGAAUGGAUUCCCCUCCUACUACCGACGACGAGGAUGAUGAUGGCGAAGACGCCCAGGAAGACGGUCCUGAGGAAGAUAUUGACACGGACUUCUGGGAUGACGAAGACUCGGCAGAGUCCGACACCAACAACAACUCGAGUGAGACAUAAUUACACUGAGUAUAUCCACUAUUCAGGCAGAACCAGUGGCAGAAGAUGAGAAGGGGGCUGGAAGCGAUGGUAGCGUU